ACUAUGUUGUUUAGAAAUUUUCCUUUCAAUCCAACCCGGAUCGUCCGAUUAUACUGUGAUAUCCGUUCACUGAAUAAGCAUAUUGCUGCAAUUUCUCUGAGUUAUCAACGGACUUCUCAAAAAUGUUAGGCAAAUUACAUAAAACGCGAUUUAUAAUAAGCUUUCUUAAAGAUUAUUAGAUAAGCUCACUGAAGCUUGAAGGUAUUUGCCGUUGAGCUUCGCCACACAACAACCACUCUUACACCCGCAAUCUUAGAUUAAAAUUGUUUUAAUCUAAGCCCGCAAUAAAUGUAGUUUCACAUCAAAAAAUUUUUUUUCGAUCUUUACAAUCGCUGUAUUAAGCAAUGGUGAAUCUAACUACACCUAGCCGAGUUCUUUCAUUUUUAUCGGUCUUAAAAGCGCGUUUUAUCUCUCAACAAAUAAUCGCGAGAGUACCUUAAUGCAGAAUAUUUUACGUAUUACUGUGCUAUAGAGAAGUCUGCAAAUUAUGCUGGCAACGUCUCGUAAGUGUAGUUUGCGUGUACGCUGGUCAAUGUUUACAUUGUGGAAGUGUGACGAAUGCGGCAAGGGAGGGGAGGAAUGUUGCGGCGCCGGUGGCGGCGGCCGGCGGCGGCCCACCUUGAGUGGGCAGGUUCCGCGGGUGAUCCCGUCGCGCGCCUCCGCGUCUCCGGCUCUCCGCUCGCCAGUCGACCGGGCGCUCCCACAGCGAACAUGGCUGGCGCGAAGUUUUCGUGGCGCUGUGCGUGUAUAUUUAUAGUGAUCUUGUUUACAUUCGCCGACGCUCUGCUCUCCGGUUUGUACAUAGACAAUGGUGAUCAGACGAUGAUACAUCAUGCGAUGACGCGACACGAACGGUUGGUCGUGGAGCAUGAGAUUCUGGAACUGUUAGGGUUGGGAGAGCGGCCGAGGCGGGCGCGGUCACCGGCAUUGGAUCGGUCGGCACCCAGCUUCCUCUUGGAUGUGUACAAACAGCUGGCAGAGGAGCACGAGCAGGCUCGACCCACCCGCAGCUCUGAUAUGGCGCUCAGCGGAGAGGAACAGCAAGCGAUUGACGAAAGCGAUCUCAUAAUGACUUUCCAAAGCAAAAAGCACCACCUGGGCGCGCUCCGGCAUGGCCACGGCCGGCACAUCUGGUUCGAGGUGGCGGGCGCUCCGGGGGAUGCGUCGGCGCUCCUCACUGCCGAGCUGCGCCUACACCAAGCGCCAUCGCACGAGGCGCCCGACCCCACCGCCAUCUACACCGUGGUCGCCCACCGCGUGCUUAGCGUCGAUAAUAUGGGGGGUUUGCAGUUGGAGGAAGUAGCUUCAGUGAACACGAGUGCGUCUGCGGAGGGGUGGCUAGAGAUGAACGUGACGAAUGCGCUCAGGGCUUGGCUGAGCUCACCAGCUGACAACCGAGGAUUCUUUGUCACUAUGCAUCCUCAUUCGCAACCAGAGCGUCAUGUGAAACCCGAGGAAAUCGGCUUGGAGGAGCCCCGCGGCGCGGUAGUGGAGGGCAAGCAGCCGUUUGUGGUGGCGUUCUUCAAGAGCGGCCCUAAGCUGGACACCGGCGACGCGGGCGCGCGCCGCAAGCGGGAGGCGCGGCGCUGGCGGACCUACUCCGACAACUACUUGAAGAAUCCUCUCACAGAUACAUCUCACUGGACAACGAGAAGUUGUGAAAUACAAACGCUGUAUGUCAGUUUUAAGGAUUUGGAGUGGCAGGACUGGAUCAUCGCUCCGAAUGGUUAUGGUGCGUUUUACUGCAGUGGUGAAUGCAAUUUUCCUUUAAAUGCCCACAAAAAUGCCACAAACCACGCUAUAGUGCAGACACUCGUUCACCUAUUGAAUCCAACACAGGUGCCGAAGCCAUCUUGCGCUCCGAUCAAGCUGUCGCCUAUCUCUGUGUUAUAUUACACUGACGACUCCAACGUGAUUCUGCGCAAGUACAAGAACAUGGUCGUCAAGAGCUGCGGCUGCCAUUAGAUCUAGAGAUAUAUGUGUAUAUGCUCCAAGUGAAAUUCCUCAGGAAAAAUCUGCGUGCGAGCAUCGACUGCAUAGUUUAAGAAUGUCCUCAAGGACAAGGACAAUAAUUAAUUAUUACUGUACAUAAUAUGAAUGACGAUUUCACUUAAAUCGAAGCUUCUAAAGUAUUCAGGAUCUAACUCUCAAAAUCGAUAAAUUAAUCUAUGUGUCCAAAGAACACAGAAUAUGUGUCGUGAUUUUCGCUGGACUACGAUGACUAUCACGAUUAGGGUUGCCGCCAAAGUACAUUUGGAUAUUAAAGGUAGAAAAAAGUACAUUGUGUCCAAAAUAAAGUACUUUUUAUUCCACUUUAUUAGUAAGCUUAAAAAUAUAUUUUUCGUUGCUACUUAAAUAACUAGCAACUUCUACUAAAUAAUUUGUGCCUACUAAAAAUCUGUAGUUAUUUUCAGCAAUGGGAAAGGUCAUGGUACAAAGCCAUACAGCCACGAAAAUGUUGCAAUGUUGAAUUAGCUAAGGGCGUCAUAUCCAUACUGUCUGUCUGUUUUACGCAAAAAAUAUUCAUAUCAACCUCUUUUUGUAUAUUUUAUAUAAAAUUAUUCCCGAGUAAUCAAAUCACAUUAAGUAAAGUAUUUUCUUGUACUUUAUUGUUAGCAUGAACUAUGAAGUAUAAUUACCAGAAAUAACGUACAAUACUUCAUAAGAAAGUACGGGUGGCAACCCUGAUCACGAUGUAUUGAAAUUCUGCUUGAGUACAAAUGCUGACUGUUUUAGCUGUAGGUCGACGCACUAGGAAUUUAUAUCGCAACCAAAGCAAUCAAGACAACGCGUUACUUCGACAUACAUUAUUAUAAAUUAACGUCUCUGAGUAUUUUUGCUUGACGUUCAAUGCUAUAACGAACUAAAGAUGCCUUUUAUGUGAAUGGGUACCAAAUUCAAGCACCUGACAUGACAAGUUCUACAGUUGCAGUACAUUAUGAAGAAAUUAUAAUGUUAACGUAACGUUAUAACCAUUAAUUUGUUUUAUUUUAUAAGUUUUUGACUGCUUGCAUUGCAGUGAUGUUUUAAAUAGUCGUUAUAGAAUACUUACCCAAGUGAAUGACGUAAGAUUAAAAAGGUUUCUUACAUGUUUUAAGGUUGAUGAAGCACCAAAGUAAAUGGGUGCCGCAUUGUCACUUUAAAUUUAUUAUCUGACUAAUGAAUGUGUCAUAAAAGCUUCAAAGAAAGGCGUGUGUGUGAAUGGAAUGAAAGGUUUUGUACUUAUUAACAAGGCCAGCUUCGACAAAUUAUUUUAGUAUUUUUUCUUUCACAUAUCUCGAAGGUAUUUACGAUUUGUGUCAUUACUUAAUACACUGCAAAUUUUCAUGUAUUAGUUUGUUUUACGGGUCAUAGUAGAUGUAUGGCGAGUGGUCAAUUCAUUCAAUUCAAAAUUAAUUCAUUCAAAAUUUCAAUCACAGAGAGAAUAUUCCCUUUAUGUAUAACUAUGUAACACCACAUUACCUACUUUUAUGUUUUUCUAAAUAAUAAGGAAUAGUGCCAAGAUGUCAUUUCUAAUUAUUAUAAAUUAAUUUUAAUAUUUUGUAAAAUACAUUUUUUUAUAAAAUUAUUGUGGUUUUAUUUCCUUUACAGACAGAAGGGCCUGGGAGAUAUCUAAUUAUAAUAAAAAUGUAAGUUUCGCGUGUCUGUCUGUACAUUUAAUUGAUUUGUAAUAAAAAUAGUUUGGGGUCUUAGAAUAAGUAGUAUAAUAUUAUCCAUCAACUUACUCGCGAGGGCGUUUGGGUGAUCUUUAAUACGUUUUGCGUAGGUCUUCAGCUUAUUAUGUAUUUCCUGUUUGACCAUUGGUACUUUCAGGUCGUGGUGAAGUUGAUUUUUUUAGAAAUAAAAUAGAUAUUUUUGUAUAGAAGUAAUUUAUUAUGCCGUGAUAAUUUUGAAUGUUGAUACAUUAGCCAAU